UUGGUGUGGACUUGCCCGUAUCCAGGAAUACUAAAUGCACUGCCAUCGUUCCUUGAUCUUUAUCGUAAAACUCUCGUGGUUACUGAUCUUGGUACGCAGUCGAUUGUUAAGUUCUCAGACGAUGAUGGAGCGGAUAAAUUUCGCCACAAGCGAAGCAUCACGUUAGCUCCAGAUCCGAAAAAUCCGACGAAACGUGGCAGUGUGAGCUACAUCAGCGGUGUAUAUAUUGACGAUGACAUGAAUAUGCUGGUAGCUGACGCAAAGGGACGAUCUUUGCAGGUUCGUCUCAAGACUACGCUUUCUCACCAUAUGUUGAAAAUUUCAGGUGUUUAA